CCUCGUGUUGGGAGACGGCGCGUGACGCAUGACGUGCGGCUGCUGUGCGCAUCCUUACGCUUGAGAAGUGUUAAGUUCUCGCCUUUGGAGUAGGUUGGGAACGGGGGAGGGAGGGGGAUGUGGGUUUGUUUUUUUUAAGUGUGGGAAGUGAAGGGGGAAAAAGAAGAGAAGCAGGGCAAGAAGGAAUGUCCUACGGUGGCCGCGGAGGGACGACUGCUACGGUUCCCUUACUGGGACAAACGCUUCCCACAGACGGCCUAGGACUCCCCUUCCCCGGCUGGGCCGUGCCUGAUUGGGACCCAUGAGGGGCAUAUGCGGGCGGAGGCCCCCAGCGGCCUCCCCCGGGCUCUGGGCCUGACCCUCACGGUGACCUUCCUCCCUCCGAGGGCCUGGCACCAUGCGGCCUCCUCCACCCUCGUCUCGCCGCUCCGGCCUCGAGGGACAGCAGGGGCCCCAGAAGCGCGGACCCCCAGCCCUGGCCUCCGCCCCGACGGCCCCCGGCCCCGGGCUCUGGAAUUGCCACCCCGCCGCGGAGGCCGCGCACGGCAUGUACCUCCCUGGAAGUACAGCAGAGAGUUCACAGGCCUAGACCCUUCACUUCUGUUCCUUGCCCAUGGAUGAUGCUUAUUAUGCACACAGUCCGUCCUCCUCUAGAACUCAGUGAGCCGUGGGGUACCCAAUGCCUGUAAUUCCCAUACCCCGGCGUGUCCGGUCUUUCCACGGCCCCCAUACCACAUGCCUGCAUUCCGCCUGUGGGCCUAUAAGAACCACUCACUUAGUGCGUACCAAGUACAACAACUUCGACAUCUAUUUGAAGUCCCGAUGGAUGUAUGGAUUUAUCCGCUUCCUGCUCUACUUCAGCUGCAGCCUGUUUACCUCCAUCCUCUGGGUGGCGCUCUCCAUCCUGUUUUGCCUUCAGUACCUUGGCAUCCGCAUCUUUCUGCGUUUCCAGUACAAGCUGUCCAUCAUUCUCCUACUGCUGGGACGAAGGCGGGUUGAUUUCAGCUUGAUGAAUGAGCUGCUCAUUUAUGGGAUCCAUGUGACUAUGCUGCUGGUGGGAGGUCUGGGCUGGUGUUUCAUGGUCUUUGUGGACAUGUAAAUAGGAAGUGUGCAUGCAGGAUUGGGCAGCUGUGACAACAUCUGAUGUAUCCACUUUCUCUUUUGGUUUUAUUUAUUUAUUUAUGACUGAUAUGUGUAUAUGCAGUAUAUAGAUAUUUUCUUUGGUAAAGACAAUGACCUGUCUCUGAAUGAAAUGACACAGGGCAAAUCGUUUUUCCUUCUAUUUGUCUCCCAUCCCAAAGAUGGGAUUUUCACCAUACCAAACAAAGCAAGUAGUGCCCUGAUCAGAGGCAAUGUUUUUGUUUGCUCUCUGACCAUCUUACUGUGUUUAUGGCAUGGGAAAGGAAAGGGUUGUGACAUUUAUAAAAGUGAAAUCAAGGUUGUCUCCUCCCUCAGUUUGCUUUUUGGCUCUCAACUUCCUCUCCCCCUGCUGCUACAUUGUAUUCUUCUCCUUUCUUCUAUUUUAAUGUAGUUUGUGUUCACAUUUAAUAAAUGUAAUGCAGUAGGGUCCUCUUUAUCAAGUCUGCACUUUCAAGAUCUUGGUGUGACUUCCUCUUCUCCCCAGUCUCAUGUUUAGGGGUAUUUCUUAUACCUACCAAAAAGAAUGGGACAUGCCCCAACGUUUUUGCUCUGUGUACUGUCCAGGGAGCAAACCUGGAAGCAGUUACUUUCCCUAUGGGCCAAAUGUCCACUCUCCCUUAGUGUUCUCACCCCCUACCCUGCCUUAGGAAAAAGUUGGACUCUGUAUUAGUAAUGCAGUGCACUGCCAUUAAACCACUUGCAUGGCCCUGGGUUUCUAGAUUGCACAGGUGCAAUGCAAGUUCAUCUUUCUUAUUAAACAGAGAGCUACAAUUGAGAAAUGAAAUGACAAGGUUGAAUGCUAGUCCAAAACCUAGAGGGAAAUGAAUAAUUUUGUUUGGUUACAACCAGAUUUGGUGUUUCACAGACCUAGGCCCAUUCUGAAAGCAAACUGAAGCAAACAGCGCCAAGAUCCUCAUUCAGGGAGUCUGGUUCUAAUGCCGCAGCUCAUAAGAGAGCUGUGUUCUCUGGAGCCCUGUAAGUUUCAGUGGUGCCAAAUUCAGAAGCAAAGCAAAUAUAGAGUUCUUUAUACAUCAGUAGCCAGGUCUGUAGAGAAUGCAAUAUUACAUUAUAAUAUAUUUUAAUCUGUCUAAACUUACAUUUCUGGGAAAGCUGAUAAAUGUUUUACUUGCUUUGGAAGGCAUUUGAAUUCUUCAUUUCUUUUACAGAAAUCUCCCAGAAUUUGACUUCUUUGUGAAAUACUAUAGUUAUCUGAAAUCUUUGGACAGAUAAUGCUAAAGCCAGUUAUUAUGGAAAAUGUUUUCUAAAAUGGCUAGUUUUUAAAAGCAUUUCUUCUAAACUUUAAGGCAUUUGAAUGAACAUUGAAUCUUUGUUUAUUAAGGGCUUGUCUGUUCUGUAUUUCCUGCCUUGGUUGCUAUGAAAGCAUUUAAGAUAUAAGAUGAAUUCAGGUAUAUAAAGAGAUGCAGGAACAGAUGGACUACAAAGGAACAAAGAUCCCAUUUUCAUUGGAAUACCUUUAAAUAAGAAGGAAGAGAAAUAAAAUAUGCAAGAGAAUAUUUCUUGAAGGUUUUCUGUCACCGUUCUCUAAUUGGUAUUUUUUAUUCUGGGUUGUGAUAACUACUUGAGGGAAGCAAUUUUACUAGUUAUUGAAAAACUAAUUAGGUAAGCUAAUGUUGGUCAUUAAUUCCUUGUCCACCUAAAAUCAUUUUCUGAUUUUUAUAUACAUGUGAUGGUCAAAGUGUGCAUUCUUAUCUGACUCAAGUCUCAGCACAUAUAGCCAUUUCCAGGACCAGGGCAAAAAAAAAUUUUUUUGACUGGGUGGAGCAGAGAAACCCUUUCCUAAGCCUAGUUUAUGAGGUUAGGCUGUAAGGAAAAAAUGCCUGUUGUUUCACAAACUUAAGAAAGUUAGAAUCAGGGAAAAUGAUGGUUGUUUAAAAAAAAAAAAAACAAAAAAAACUUGCUCUUUGAUUUUUUUUUUUUAAGUUUGCUUCUCUGCCAAAAAAAAAAAAAAUAUAUAUAUAUAUAUAUAUAUAUAUAUAUUUUAAGGUGGUUAAAUUCGUGAAGCAAAGCUAGUUUUAAAAAUUGAUUAUGUGAUGGGCAGAAAUGAUAUCUUUAAAUGCAUUGACUUCAUUUUUACUGCCUGCUAAAAUCCUAUUGCAUUAGUCAUGCAGAUUAUUUUUUUCAAAAAAUUUUUUUUUUCUUUUUAAAUUCAUUCAGCCUAAAUCCACUAAAACAUUUAUGUCUUUGAAGUGGAGCUCCCUAUUGGAUGCACUGAUUGAGGGGUCUAGUAUGGGUGUGCUUUUUAACAAAGUCCUACUAGCAGGAGGUAUCUUGCUAUUUAGUGUAUGAAUGUAUAAACAGCAAUGCAAGUGUUUGAAUUGUACCUUGAAUUGACUUUGGAACACAAAAAAACAAACACAGCUCAAUGUCUUGAGUGCCUGUUAAAUUCUUUAUGAGAAGUACCACCUGCAUUAAACUUAUUUUUUUAAUGUG